AUGGAAAAUACAAAUCAGGCCCCUACAGCCGGCAUUGGCGUUCGCAGAGAACCAUCUAGUGAUCCCGUCAAAGCGCAAGGAAUUCUAAAAUCGGUUAGCAAAAAAGAGAAGCACGCUGCACGUCUUUGGCAUCAACGAUGGGAUUUCUUGACUCGGGUACGCGAGGUACAAGAAGAAGAAGCCCUGAGCAUGGGUAUGUCUCUGGAUGAGUAUCGAGCAGCCGUUCGAUCCGUGAGCUGCAAACCGGAAAAAGAGAUUUCCGUCGUUGUUAAACCUUCGUCUUUACCACUUCCGCUCACCAGUGCCGGUGUAAUAGGCCGUCGAGCACUGUGUGGUUUAGAGGGAUUCGGACCACAAGUGAAAACUGUUCGUGACUACCCCAUCCGUCCACCAUUACCGCCCGGACAAAUAUACGACCCUUAUAAGCAGACAAUGGUAUUCCUAGGGAGCGUGGAAGGAGAUCCAAUAUCGUACAAACUGCCGCGAGCGCGAUUCGAAAUCAAGGACGAGAUGUGGGCAGAACCGCAGCAGCUCUGUAUAAGCUCAUUUCCUUGGGAGUCAAUAGAAAAGACGUCUAUAUAACCAGCAGUGGACAUCGUGCCUUUUGGGAGUCAAUAGAAAAGACGUCUAUAUAACCAGCAGUGGAAGUCGUGCCUUUUGGGAGUCAAUAGAAAAGACAUCUAUAUAACCAACAGUCGACGUCGUGCCUUUUGGGAGUCAAUAGA